CUUCCUCUCAUCCACUGUGUCCAUCGGACGUUUGCCUCCCAGACGGAAGGGGAGCUCAAAGUGACCCAAGUCCUCAAAGAAAAGUUUCCUCGAGCUACAGCUAUCCAAGUCACCGACAUCUCAGGAGGCUGUGGGGCCAUGUAUGAAAUUAAAAUCGAAUCUGACGAUUUUAAGGAGAAAAGAACUGUCCAGCAGCACCAGAUGGUUAAUCAGGCCCUGAAGGAAGAAAUCAAAGGGAUGCACGGACUGCGGAUAUUCACCUCCGUCCCCAAGCACUGACCGCCCCGGCUGCGUAGAUGCUGCCGCACACUGUGGACGACCUCGACUGACACGAUUCUUCCCUAGGCAUUUGCCAGAAGAAGUCAUCUAUUUCGUCCACAGACACUUCCAUGUUAUAGUUAUAGAAGAGAUGUUAUCUAGCUAGAUGUUCAUUAAAGGCAACAGACAACCGAAGCUUUUGAAGGGU